UGGUUCAAACCCCUGCGUGUUUUAUUGCCUUUAUAUUUCUUUUAAUCGACGUCGCUGGCCAACGUCGCCCACCCUCCUUGAAGUUAGUAACAUUUUCUACCUGCUACAAUGCCGACAUGGCCAUGUCCAUCGUGCCACAAGAGCUUCUCUCGUAAGGGCGAUCUUACUCGCCACCAGCAGCUACAUACUGGAAUCAAGCCACACGCCUGCCCGUCAUGUAAAAAAAGAUUUGCCCAGCGUUCGGGCCUCAACACCCACAUCAACACGCACACCAAGGCCAAGCCUUACGUGUGUGGUAUUGGUACUUGUAUGAAAGCAUUCAGUGAUCCCUCGUCUUGCACUCGCCAUCGAAAGGAAACUCACAGACGCGAGGGCGCGUACAAGUGCACUAUACCAGAGUGCGGCACAAGAAUUAAACGACGAUCUGCUUUUGUCGCGCAUAUGAAGAAGCAUGGAGUCAAUCCCUGCAAACUAGAUUUAGAUGCCAUUGCCUCGUCGGCAAAUAAAAACACUUCCCAACAAGCCAACUUCCAUUUUUUACCUCCCCAAGUAGCCGAUGCCCCUUACUGUCCCCCUUCAGAGACGUCACUUCCAGACGUUACUGAAGACAAUUUAGCACAUUGGGCUCCCCCUGCUCUGAUGCUGACGAACGACUAUCAGAUUUCCGUUCCUGAAUAUGAUGGAGCCUCUGGCGUGGCUGACGGCAUGUAUGACUAUAGUUGGCCGUCUGAAUUUGGUACUGGACCAUCUAAUUCUUCGCUCAUGCCUCCACCAUCGGUAUCUACGUGUCCUCCUACGCAUGUUGACGAUUUCAUUUUCGACGCUGGAUACAACGGAUACUUACAACCUAAUGACGCAUUCUCUAGGUUGCCUUCUCCAUAUGCAUCGGCGUCGCCCUCUUUACCUCCUCUCCUUGACGGCUUCGUGGACUGCUUCGGGUCUCGCAUGCGAUCGAUGUCCUCUUCACCGGCCACGUCUUCUAACUCUGCACUGGAUGAUCAGUUAGAUUAUGCUCUCUUGAGCUGCGAUGUACCCAAGCCAUACCUUUUGUUCAACACCGUUUAAUUUACCGCACUAAUACUUAGUACACUUCACGCAUUCAAGGAUUGUCACCGGACCAUUUUUUAUUCAUAAUUUAUACCGCUGCACUGUAGCCUACAUACCUCUCACUCUUCACCACCAUCUGUUCAGUGAACUUAUGUCUUAUUACCCUUAUACCAAGAGGCUUUUAAUAUACUGUACUUACUUUUGAAGCCCCAAUGACACUGCAAGCCAAUAUUACAGAUC